CGAAAACAUGUCAUCAAUGCUCUGCUGUGCCGUGCUUUCAAAACUAGGCUAAAUUAGUUUUAGUCUUAAAAUCACAACUAAUAAAUUAAAAAUUAGAAAAAAAAAGUAAUACUUAAAUAUUAAAAACAAAAUUUCUUACAUCAACUUUAUUCUCUUCUUCGCUGUACGUUCCUUCAACUGUUAGUCAUCUGAGAAAACGACAUACUGCAACAUUACCAGCAAGCAUUGUGACAACUAUCAACUGAGAAAUCUUCUUUUAUUGUUUAAAUAAUAUUUAAUUGAAACGUGUGCUGUGUAUUGUAAUGAACCAACCGAAUACUUUAGAACUGUCUAUUUUAUAAAAAUUAUUAUUAGAUUUUUAAAGUAGGCUAGAUAUCUUUUUAUUAUUUAUUAAGUUUUUUUUUUUGUCUAAGUUAAGAAGAAAGAGUUUUAUGUAACAACCAUAAUUAUUUGUGUUCAAACGUAAAACAUUUAGGAAAGUCGCUUGACUUAGUCGAGUGCCUUUUUUAGUUUUUAAAAAUAUUACUGUGAUAUUGAUUUUAAUGGUAAUAAUGUAUUAUAAUAUAUAAUUUAACGUUAGGAUAAUACAUUAGAUUAUAUAUAUAUAUUUAUAUUAUAUAUAUAUAAGCAAAGAAACCAACCCCUUUCCCCAUUCUCCUACUCCCUUAAAAAUAACUUUAUAUAUAUAUAUAUUAAACAUUGUAUGGUCUUAAUAAUUAAGUAUAUAAACAAAUAACUCAAGAAUUUAAAACUAGUAUGUCUAACAACUCCCAGUGGAAUCUGUUUCAAUCAAAUAUGUUGAACGGUAGCGAUUCUUCUAUGAUUAACUUUAAAACUCUCUCGGCAUUAACAAAUUUAAACAAUUACCCAUCAUCGAGAUCUUCAAAUCAUUCACCACCAAACUAUAAUUCACAGUCAAGUCAAAAUUUCCCUAUGCCAUCACAAUAUCAGUCAUCGCAAUUUCAUCAAAAGGAUUCUUCAAUGAAUAAUAUGUUUAACAAUGGACUACAGUCAUCAAACUUUGAUGUAUUCUCGUCUGAUAACACUGCACCUGUAAGUCGGUAUCCUCCGGCUGGCAACGAUAUUUUUGGUGGACAUGACACGGCUACUGCGAGCAGUUCGAACAAUUCAAAUUUUUCGAAUGAAUCAUUUGGUAACAAUCAAGGUGUUAGGGAAACUGGAAUUAUAGAGAAACUUUUGCAUUCUUAUGGAUUUAUUCAAUGUUGUGAACGUCAGGCAAGAUUAUUCUUUCAUUUCAGUCAAUUUAGUGGCAACAUCGAACAUCUUAAAAUUGGUGAUCCCGUUGAAUUUGAAAUGACUUAUGACAGAAGAACUGGUAAACCCAUUGCUAGCACUGUUACAAAAAUUGCUCCUGAAGUGGUAUUAAGUGAAGAAAGAGUAACUGGUGUAGUAACAACAGAAUUGAGAACUGAAGGUUCGGGCGGUGAUACGCAAGGUCGAAUUAGUUAUGAAAAUCGAGGAGAGUGUUUCUUUCUCCCUUACAAUAAAGAUGAUGUUGAAGGUAAUGUCACCCUUAGAACUGGUGAUCAAGUAAGCUUUCAAAUCGCAACAAAUCAAAGGGGUAAUUUGGGAGCUACACAUGUCCGCUUAGAAAAUCCAGUACAUCCAGUUAAAUAUCAGGGAGUUGUAUGUUCUAUGAAAGAUGUUUUUGGUUACAUCGAACGAGCUGAUAUUGUUAAAGAAAUCUCAUUUCCAUUUACUGAAUUUAAAGAUUCCUCCAAACCUUUACAGUUGGGUGAUGAUGUAGAAUUCAUAAUACAAACACGGAGUGGAAAGGAAGUUGCGUGUAAUAUUGAACGUUUGCCUCCUGGUUCAGUAAUAUUUGAAGAUAUCGAGGAUACUGUUAUGAAAGGUCAAGUUUUAAAACCUUUAGACAAAACUCCUCAAAACCAUUUGCCAUCUGAACCAUUACCUGGACGUAUACGUUAUAGAGCACCCGAUUAUUCUGAAGUUGAAGUUUCAUUUGGUGAAAAAGAUCAGCAGGGUGAUUUUACAUUGAGACACGGUGAUUGGGUUGAAUUCCGAAUAGCAACCGAUCGACGAGAUCAGUUAAAACGAGCUACUAAUAUUUCAUUAUUACCAGAAUCAUUUGUAGUUUCUGGUGAAAGAAGAGAACUAGGUAUUAUUGCAGUUUUAAAACAAGGAUUUGGAUUUUUACGUUCUGUUGAAAGAGAACCAAAGAUAUAUUUUACUUUCAAUGAAGUUUUGGAUGUUCAAAGAAAAUUGGAAUGUAAUGAUGAAGUUGAAUUUACAGUGGCACAAGAUCCUUCAUCUUCAUUUGGAAAUUCUAGACAGAGUGCCAUACGAAUUAAACACUUGACACGUGGUUCAGUACAAUUUGAAGUACUCAUUGAAGAAGGAUUAGUAGGUAUAGUAACAGUUGUAGCAACGGAGAUAUUUGAACCAUCAAGUCCUUCAAAAACUAAUGCUCACCAGUUUGAUGAGGUUACUUAUGAACCAGGAGUUAUCACUUUGCAUUCAAAUGGUGUUAAGAGAACAAUAUUAUAUAACGUCAAAGACUGCAAUGGCAAAUAUAUACCAAGACAAGGAGAUAAAGUGAGAUUCAAUCUCUAUCAAAUAAAACGCAACAAGGAAUUAAUUGCGAUGAAUAUUCAUUUGGCAUCGACUGCAUCAAACAAUAAUACACGUACAUCCACUGAUGAACAAAAUCGUGCAGACAUCAAAUAUGGUUAUAUUGCUGCCCUUAAAGAUGGUUUUGGAUUUAUUGAAACCAUAGCACUCGAUUCCGAAGUAUUUUUUAGAUAUGCAAAUUUGAAUGAUCCAAAUGCGUCUCUUGAACUUGGUAUGGAAGUAGAGUAUACAUUAAGUACCAGGAAUACAGGAAAUGGUGGGAGCUGUGCAUCGGCUGAAAAUGUUAGAAUUUUACCACCAGGCUCUAUUAGUGACAACUGUGAAUUGCUUCAACCAAAUGUUAUUUUGGAUGGAGUGGUUUCUCGUCCAUUGAGAUCUGUAAAUCCUGAGCAGACAGAAUAUGCUGGUAUAAUACAAGAAGUACCUACAACCGAAGAAGAAAAUAUUUCGCAGUAUGAAUUUGGAAUUAAAGGUUUGAUAAAUAAAAGAGAGUUGUUACAAGUUGGAGAUCCUGUACAAUUUCAAGUAGACUCAAAAAAUAGAGCUGUAAAUAUAAUUGCGAUUAGAAAGAAACAAAGAGCUCAUGUUGACGCUAUUAAAGGAUUAUUUGGUUUUUUAACUCAUGAAGUUGAAGGUGGUAAAAAACUAUUUUUCCAUACAUCUGAAGUAACUGAUGGAAUUAAAUUAAACCAAGGAGAUUUAGUGGAAUUUGUAUUAGUCGUUAAUCAAAGAUCAGGAAAAUCAUCUGGCUGCAAUGUCACUAAAAUCAGUUCUGCAGAAAAUUCUCCGCCUAAACAACCAUCUCAACGUCCAGAACAUUUGAUUAACCGCAUACGCACCAUAUCUGUAAUAGAUGAUGGUUCACCAAAAUUAGUAGUAAUUCGUCAGCCUUUAGGUCCAGACGGAUCAAAAGGGUUUGAUCCAAAUGCUCGUAAACAACACAAUCCAGGGCAGCUUAUUGAAGUAUAAUGCAGUUUCACAUCUUGAGUAAUUAACAUUUGACUACUAUUGACUUAUUUCCCGAUUCAGAAUUCUAUCAUUAUGAUUACAUUACUAUCAAUUUUAUCUUGUAAUAAAUAAUGAACUUCCAACUUGUUGAUUAUAAAAUUACUAGUCUUGGAGAAUAGGUCAUCAACUUAAUUGAACCAAAUGUCUAGCAUUUAAUGUAUUCAAACUAAGUCUUACAAAUGAUUUUUUUUUUUGCAAAUAUUACCUUAUUAAUAUGAUUUUUUUUUUUGUGAAAAACGUAGCAAUAAGAUAACAGGUUAUUAGUUUAAAUAUUUUAUAACAUUUAAUUAAUGUUAGUUAUUAGAAGGCACAUAUAUACACCUUAGCAACUUAGAUAAGUAAUUAAAAAUGUCAAAAAAACAUUUUUUAUUUAAUAAUUUUAAUAUUCCCAAAAACUCCGAUAUAUUUAAAAAUUAACUUCAUUUCUUGUUUUUGAUUUUAAAUGUAAUGACGCUGGUUAUUAAUCAGUGUUCAGCAUGUUAUUAAUUUGUUCAAAAAAAUAUGCUUUUUCACUGCUCAAUCUCAUAUUCAUUAUUAAAAUAACUCUGUUUUUAUCAUCAAUAUAUAUAUAUAUAUAUAUAUCACAGUUCUUGGGUUGUCCUAAUUUCUCUUAUUAAUAAUCUGUAACUUCUUAAAUUUCAAUCACUGAAAUUAAUAUUAUAUAAAUCAUAAAAAAAAAAAAUAAGCAGAUAUCUAUAAAUAUAACGACAUAACAUAUAGUAAUAGUAGUAGUAAAAGAGACUUUCAGUAUAAUAUCUUUAUUUAAAUUUUAAAAUCACGUUCUGUUCCUAACAUAGAUCUCCCUAUUUUCAGCACCGUAUACAUUAAUAAUCUUCCUCCUGCGUUUUAUGUAUAUUUUAUUUUAGUUGGAUGCAUUUAAAAUAAAAUUCACUAAAAAUUCCACUUAUUAAUUUGAGUAAACCGUAUAAAUAUGUUAUUAACAACCUAAAUUGUGCCUUAAAAUUUUACAAAGCUACAAACCACAUCCAUAGUUAAACAAUUUUCUUAUAUAUAUAUGGGAUUUAUAUAUAUUUUAUAUUUUAUUAUUUUUUAAAUAUUUGCAAAUAAUUGAUUACAUAAUUGACUGA